AUUUGGAGCGUUUGGUUGUUCAGUUUUCAUUUUUUGUUGUUUUGGUUGUUCUUUUUUUCCUCGCGUUCUGCUGCUGCAUUGCAAGAAAGAAAACAUAGCAAACAAGCAAACGUUUUGCCCCAGAAAAAUCUCAUGUCAAACGCAACCGUGACACUCGCUCAGCCAACGACGGCCGCUGAGGUUGAGCAAGUGCGAGCGGCGUUGCUCUCGCCGACCUGCUCCAUCAAGACGCUUCUAAUCACCGAUACGGCAAUCUCCCCCGAUGUCAUUGCUCGCCUGCUCGAGUCGCUUGCUUCAAACCGCUCUCUUACACGACUCGACAUUUCGUGCAACGCGAUCGACAACAAGACUGUGGCAGCUCUUGCUUCCAUGCUUGUGCACAACCGCGUGCUGGCCUACGUCGACAUUCAUACCCCUCGAACAAGCAAACAUCGCAGAGCGGCAAGCGCCUCCGACAUCCUCAGCACCUCAGCGUCUGGGUCCGAUACGACCAUCAACGACACAUGUUCACCCGCCAUUGCACAAGCUUUGGCACUGAACAAGUCGCUGGUUUCGCUCGUGCUCCCCCUUGCCCGUUUCACGGAUGCCGGCUUCACCGUCAUCUUGAACUCGAUUGCCACGCACAAUACUACGCUGCUCAAUCUGGUUCUCGGUGGUUCCCAGUCGCUGUACAUCCAGAACGUCCUCGAAGGGCUUUUGGUGCGAAAUCGCAACAUGAUUGCCGGCACACUCGCCUCUGGCCCCCAUCCCCUGCAAGUCACACCACCAUUGUCCCGCACGGACUCGGCCGAAGGCUCGCUUGUCUGCUCACCGAAGGGCACUGCACGGUCCCUCGACGCAGUUCUCAGUACCAAUCGGGAGGACGACGAAGAACCCGCUGGCAUGUUCCGAAAGCGGCGCGCUGCAUCCGCCUCAGCUGCACACCGACACCGAAACUCGACCACCGUGAUGAGCAAGCAGCAGUCGACUCCAUUAUUCGACACGACGAACUGGAGCUCUGCUGCCGCCCCUUCUGCUGUGUCUCCCGAGCCCUCGGCGCCUUGCGAAUCCGAAACUUCGUCCACGGGGUCGGCAACGCUCCCAUCGCGUCCUGCUGAUUCUGGGCACGUGACUGCUUGGCUAAAUUCCCUCGGAGCGUCAUCCAGCAGCACGGCCUUGCUGUCGGGCGCGACCGAAUCGAUGGGUGGUGGCCACUCGCAAUCGAUUCUGCCUUCGCUGGUGUCACCGUCGAUUGCGUCGAGCCUGGCUUCCAACAUCAACGCGCUGCAGGCUCUACUGCCUCGGCUUUUGACAGAAGCGAGCCAGAAGCAAGAUGAGGUGACGGAGCGCUUGCAGUUACGCAGUUUGCUUAGCACUGCCAACUCGACAAUCGAUGAUCUCCGACGCGAGCUUGCGGAAACUCACCAGCGACUGCUUGCAGAGACUGACCGACAUGCUCUGGAACGAGCAUCUGCCCAGGCGCAGAUCGCGGCGUUGACCACCGAGCUUAACAACAUGAAGCUGGCUGCGCAGCAGAUGGAGCUUGCUCGGCACGCUGCAAGUGUUGCAGCCCAUGUUCCGUCUACUGCUGCCAUGUCAUCGACUGGCACCCCCAAUGGUCACCAGCAAUCAUCACCGUUGACUGCCCCGGCCAGCAAGGCAUCGUCGCAACAAGGCAGCAAGGUUGGGCGGCACCGGCCCAUCAAUCUGUCGUUUGCAACGCACGACAACUCUACGCGAGUUCGCCGGGCAGAGUCCUCGAUGGUCACGUUUGCGGCCCACCAAAUCGCCGAAGCCACCGGGUCCUUUGCUGCAAGCAACAUCAUUGGCAAAGGCCGGUGGGGAACCGUGUUCAAGGCCAAGCUGCUUGGCACGGAUGUGGCCGUCAAGCGCGUGACGCAAGCCAGUAUCGCACAGUUUGAGGCGGAGCUGGUGGCACUGUCCUACUUUCGCCAUCCAAACAUUGUUCAAAUCAUUGGUUUGGCAAAGGACGACGACUACUUGUUUAUCGUGCUCGAACGUCUGUGCAACGGCAGCCUUUCCGAACGCCUGAUGUGUGCAUCUGGCACCGACCCACUCACCGUGUCGACGCGCGUCAACAUUGCGCUCGGCGUGGCACAGGGCAUGGAGUAUCUGCAGUCCGCCAUUCCUCGCCUUCCAAUGUUCCACCUGGACUUGAAGUCUGCCAACAUUUUGCUGGACGGAGCGUUCGCACCCAAGAUUGCGGACUUUGGCUUGACUCGAGCAGUGCCACUUGCGCUUGAUGGCCCAGAUAGUUUCUCGCAAGUGCCAAAGCUCCAAGGGACGCUGGCCUACAUUUGUCCCGAGUAUCUCACGUAUGGUCGAGUGUCGCGACGCACAGACGUGUUUAGCUACGGUGUCAUUCUGCUCGAGCUGCUCACGGGGCGAGUGGCCGAUGCCAACCUUCGCGUGGAUGCUCGACGCCAGUGGAAGCUCCAUCGGUCUCUCGAAGCCAUGCUCGACCCAAAGCUGGGCCAAUUGUCGGCGAAUCAGAGCAGUGUGGCGCUUGCUACGGCUCGCGUCGCGAUGGACUGCGUCGACGAGUCGCGCCUCGAUCGACCGCCCUUCAAGUCGCUCGUCCACUUUUUCAGCCAAGUGGUGGAGUCUGGUCACGCGAAUGGCGCUGAUCUCAUUUCGGCAACAACUUGCCCAACACAGUCUCUCGAGGAGCUGCGGCGUCGCGAGUGUGUCGUCUGCUGCGACGCGCCAACAAACGCUCAGUUGCGCCCCUGCCGACACGCGGCCACCUGCGAAGCAUGCGCUCAGGAACUGCUGGAUCGGCAUGAGGCUUGCCCAGUCUGUCGCUGCCUGGUUCAGUCUUACAUAAUUGGCGACUUCCAACACACAUUCACGGCAGCCACAACACCAAACGCUGAGAGCUCGCUCCCAUUUCACUACAAGGAGCAAACCCGUUCUGAUACGCGAGUGUGAGCAUGCCGUGUACAGCAGACAUGUACAGUUGUAAUUUUCUACUUGUCAAAAGUGAUUCGCUAUUGCCCGAUUGUCCUGGAUGACACAUGGCUUUGGAAAUAACACGUUUUAAGCACAUCGACAACACAAAAAACAAGUCCACUAUUAGGUCAAAACACACAAAAUAAACCAGAAUGAUCAA